UCAUCUGCCUACCUAUUGGAUGUCUUUUCGCAACUUGUGAUCAACGUCACAAAGCAUUAAGCCUCCUAUAUCUCUACCUACAACCUUGUUCACUAGAUGUAAGGCCCCACGAUGCUGAUUUCCUGUUACCACUCGUUCUCAACACGCCCCGGCAACCCGCUAACUGUUGGUUUGCCAAAACAAUCACCACAGGCUCCAAAUGGAUACCAUGGAUCCUGAUGCCGAGGCCUUUUGGCAACUCUACAAUAAAUUGAAUCCUCCACGUUCUUCCAUGGCAGGCCAGUACUCUCCACCGACCGAUACAAGUUCUCAGUUUGACCCUUUGGACGUGGAAGUCUUCUUCAAGCCGGGUAAAACAUUCCUUGAUCUGCCAGAGAUAGCUAAAAUAAAAAUCCUGGAGUAUGCUGGACUUCUACGCCCUUGCCUGAUUAACUUUACCACUGAAGGUGCCCGGAUCAAGUCCAUCAAGGAUCAUGCCCAGAUACCCCCUGUGAUUGCGCCAGGUUGCCCUCGCAGCCGUGAGACUAAGGGGUCAUGGACUGCUUUUGUUGACAAGGCCUGCACUCACCUACCGCUGCCGACUGUAUUGUUUGAGACCUCCGGCGCUGUUCGCGAUGAAAUUAGUCCUAUGUUUUUUGGUCUCAACAAAUUUAGUGCUACUCUCUACAAGAGGGCAGACUUUUACAGGUUUCGCGGUGCAACAAUUUGGGGUAUGGAGCAUUUGAAAUAUCUCCAUAUCGAUCUGGGACCUAAUGAUAAGCGUUUUCUCAAACUCUAUCGAGGAAUCCAUCGCACAAUCAUGAACAUGUGGGUUGCUUUCUGUGGUUUAGCUACAGAGCGGAUGCGUUCCCUUACGUGUUUCAGUCUUAAGUGUAGGGUCAAAGAUUUGGAGGUUGCUAACAGACUGAUGUGCGCAAUGGACCCUUUUCCUACACUAUCCCAAUGUGCCAUUCAUCUCAAUCAGUCCCAGGAGAACGACAUCCGACCAGUUGUCAAAAGAGCCUGCUGGAGAUUGACUGACAACCUCGGAGCUAAGCCUCCCUUCCCAUUCCUACGACUUCCGAAAGAGGUGCAACUUCUUAUACUUGAGCAAUUAAUGAUCAAUCGUUCUGAUCCUUAUAUUAUGGCUUCCGAAUGCCCGAAAGGUAUCGUAACCUUGCAAGACCGCAGGCGUCAGCGAUCAACCCUGUACCCCCUCACUUGUUGCGGAACUUGCUCUCCAGUGCGAGCCAUGUGCUUCUGUCAUGCUCGUCAGACGGCCUAUUCCACAAGCUGUUCUUGUUUCUCCUCCCCAACAUCCUAUUUUUUGGUCAGCCGUGGAUUUUAUGAAGAUGCUCGUCGGAUAUUCUUUUCAAAAAAUAACUUCUCAUUCACGGACGAAGACCCUGACCUCAUCAUGAGGCUUCUACAUUACAUCCCCACCUCGUCCUCCAUGCAGAUUCGGCACCUAACUUUCAAGUUUCCGCUAUCUUUUCGAACCCCUGGGAGAUAUACCCACAGAGAAUACGAAGCAUUGCUCUCUUGGGCGGUGUUGCGCCGUUUCAUCCGUGAACAUUUUGAUCUUUCGCGCCUUUCGCUCACGAUCAUUGAUCUUGGUACAAAGUCCCAUAGCACUUCCGGAUACUCGAGCAGAAACAAAUAUCUGCGCAAGCUUCUUAGAGCCUUUGCUGACCUGCAUGGUCUCCGAGACUUUCACGUUUAUUUAGCAGAUGAUCGCUCGUUUGAAAGGGACGCGGAACGAACUGUGUUGGGCCCUGCAUGUAUUGGAAGGUCUAAACCCAGCCACAUGCCCUUUAUUGGCCAAAAACAUCUGAGUCCCUGAAUCCUUAGCCUGGGUCUGGUAUAUUUUAUUGCUGGUCUCUUUUGUAUCUUUUGCCUAUCUUUUGACCCUCAUCUUCCAAUAUUUGCUUCU